AUGGCCGCGGUUCUUCCUGCGCUGCUGCCAACCCCACCGUCGGCCCCAAUCGCUACGUUGCUCAAGACAUCGCGGACGGACGGAAAGCCUGGCCGUGCGUCGGCGACCCGGAGAUGGAUAGAUAACAAAUUUAUGAUUCUGGCCGCCGCGUCGGACUUGACCGGCGGUGAGCGCGUCGGACGCGUGCUGUCGGAGAUGAGCGGAAGCGAGCGAGUCAGACGCGUGGCAUCGGACAUGGGCGGCGGCGACCGUGCCGGACGCGUGGCAUCGGACACGGACGGCGGUGAUCGCGCCGGACGCGCGACAUUGGGCAUGGGCGGCGGUGACCGCGCCGGUCGCGAGGAGUCUCGAACAAGCUGGAGCGCUGUGAAGAGGCCUGCCAGCCGCGCCCCUUUCACUGAUCGGUGUGACAAGAAGCCCAAGGCUCCGGUCGACAAGGAAGCGGCUCCGGAGGCAGAGCAACUGUUCGCUGGUCCGACGUUCAUGAGCGCCGUGCCCCCGGACCCAAGCGAGCUCCCGAUCCCGUACUACUUCUUGAAGAAGAAGAAGACGGGCUAG